GUAUCCAUUGAGACGCUCGCUGUUUGUAUCCAUUGAGGAGCUGCCUCGCGCAGGGGGUGUGCGAGGGCUGAGUCCAGGGGCCAGUGAGCAAAUCGAGGUUUGAAUAAUUCGAGGAGAGAGGCGCCCGGGCGGAUUUGAGGUGCAGCCUUGAAGGGAGGGAUUAGGAGCCGCUGGACUUUCUUUCUUUCUUUCUUUCUUUUUUUUUUUUUCCUUCCCUUCCCUCCCCUCUUAGUAGCAGGGAGUCCGAAUUAAUUGGAUUUCAUUCACUGGGGAGGAACAAAACUGUCUGGGCAGCUUCAUUCAAAGAGAUUCAUUGACCCCGAGAGCGAGCGGCUGCAGCUGGGUGCGGAGGGAGCCGCGGCCCCGCGUGCCCCGCGUGCCCCGCGUGCCCCGGCCGCUGCCCCGGGUGCGGGGAGGGCCAGGUGGAGGUAGCGCCCCGCUGCUCGGCGAGCGGCGGCUCCGCGCGGCGCGCCCGGCCUAUGCCUGCCCCGAGGGCCGUCUGGUAGGCACCCGCCCUCCCCGGCAGCUCGACCCCCAUGAUAGAUACGCUCAGACCCGUGCCCUUCGCGUCGGAAAUGGCGAUCAGCAAGACCGUGGCGUGGCUCAACGAGCAGCUGGAGCUGGGCAACGAGCGGCUGCUGCUGAUGGACUGCCGGCCGCAGGAGCUGUACGAGUCGUCGCACAUCGAGUCGGCCAUCAACGUGGCCAUCCCGGGCAUCAUGCUGCGGCGCCUGCAGAAGGGCAACCUGCCCGUGCGCGCGCUCUUCACGCGCGGCGAGGACCGCGACCGCUUCACGCGGCGCUGCGGCACCGACACGGUCGUGCUCUACGACGAGAGCAGCAGCGACUGGAACGAGAACACCGGCGGCGAGUCCGUGCUUGGGUUGCUGCUCAAGAAGCUCAAGGACGAGGGCUGCCGGGCCUUCUACCUGGAAGGUGGCUUCAGUAAGUUCCAAGCCGAGUUCGCCCUGCACUGCGAGACCAACCUGGACGGCUCGUGUAGCAGCAGCUCGCCACCGUUGCCAGUGCUGGGCCUCGGGGGCCUGCGGAUCAGCUCCGACUCCUCCUCGGAUAUUGAGUCUGACCUUGACCGAGACCCCAAUAGCGCGACGGACUCGGAUGGCAGCCCGCUCUCCAACAGCCAGCCUUCUUUCCCCGUGGAGAUCUUGCCCUUCCUCUACUUGGGCUGUGCCAAGGACUCCACCAACCUGGACGUGUUGGAGGAGUUCGGCAUCAAAUACAUCUUGAACGUCACCCCCAAUUUGCCGAAUCUCUUUGAGAACGCAGGAGAGUUCAAAUACAAGCAGAUCCCCAUCUCGGAUCACUGGAGUCAAAACCUGUCCCAGUUUUUCCCCGAGGCCAUUUCUUUCAUAGAUGAAGCCCGGGGCAAAAACUGUGGUGUCUUGGUGCAUUGCUUGGCUGGCAUCAGCCGCUCGGUCACUGUCACUGUGGCUUAUCUUAUGCAGAAGCUCAAUCUGUCAAUGAACGAUGCUUACGACAUUGUCAAGAUGAAGAAAUCCAACAUCUCCCCCAAUUUCAACUUCAUGGGCCAGCUGCUGGACUUCGAGAGGACGCUUGGACUCAGCAGCCCCUGUGACAAUCGGGUCCCCGCGCAGCAGCUCUAUUUCACCACCCCCUCCAACCAGAAUGUCUACCAGGUGGACUCCCUGCAGUCCACGUGAAAGGCCCCACGCCCCUCGGUGGGAUAUGUCCGUUCCUUUAGCCGUUUCUCUUGGCAGCAUCAGCUGGGCUGCUUUCUUUGUAUGUGGCCCCAGGGGUCAAAAUGACUCCAGUUGUCUGUAUUAGACAGGUUCCCAAAUGUGGAAUUGGUUAUUACAAUGGCAGAGAUUUGCUCCACUCUUGUUGGAAGAACAGAACAUGCUGUGUAGAUCCAGGCUGUAGGUUUGCUCCAUACCUAUGUGUACAGCCUACCCAUGCAGGGACUGGAAUUUGAGCGUUUUUCCAGGUAUAUAGGGUAGGACCAAAUGGUAGGGGUAGGAGCGUGUGUUCUCUAGGGCCUUGUGUGACUGUUUUCCUUUUGCGUCUGGAACUGACUAUAUAUUGUCUUCAGUGAAGACUGAUUCAAUUUUGCAUAUAGAGGAGCCAAAGAGAGGUUUCAGCUCUGUAUUUGUAGUAUCAGUUUGCAAAAAAACAAAAACAAAACAAAAAAACAAAACAAAAAUAAAUAAUAAUAAGUAAAAUAAAUCUGAUACUCCAUUUGAUCAUUGUAAAUAUUUGAUCUUAAGUCACUUGACAGUGUUUGUUUGAACCGUGUUUGUUUUUUCUUUGAUGGGUUUAAAAGAAAUCAUCCAAAGGGAGAAAGAGCAGUACGCCACUUCUGAAAACAAAACAACAAAAAAAAAUAGAAAUGUUUGCUCUUUUCUAAUCCAAAGGAUAUAUUUGCAGCAUGCUCGACUUCACCAACUCUGAAUGAUGUUUUCAUGGACACUGUUAUCACUGAGACCUUGGUAUGGUGCAGCCUUUAAUCUCUUUCAUAUAUCUUCCUUGUGAUUUUUUUUCCUCUUACUGUAGUUUGACUAUGCCUUACCUUUGUAAAUAUUUUGGCUUGUGUUGUCUCAAAGGGGAUAUCUUGGAAAGACACCAAAAUCAUGGGCUCACUUUUUUUUUUCUUUUUAACUUCAGCUGUGCUAAACAGUAUAUUACCUCUGUACAAAAAUUCUUCAGGGAGUGUCACCUCAAAUGCAAUACUUUGGGUUGGUUUCUUUCCUUUUUAAAAAAAAAUUUGUAUAAAACUGGAAGUGUGUGUGUGAGCAUGGGUCCCCGUCUGAUAGGUGAAGUGCAUAUGAUUGUGAAAGGGAGAGUUAGGUCGCUCCAUUAUGUUCAUGGUGUAAAGUUUUGAGCUGAAAUUUAUUAUAAGAAUGUAAAACCUUAAAUUAUUAAUAAAUAACUAUUUUGGCUAUCGAA